CUUAUGAUUUGCAAAUCACUUGGUUUAUUUUUGUUUAAAUUCUAUAUUCCUAUUAUGUAGAUUGUUAAGCCAAUAAAAAAGCAAUGCAAAUAUUUUUAUAUAUCUGUGUUGAAGAUAUUUGGCUAAAUAGAAUCUAAAUUGGGCAUAAAUUUCCUAUUGAUUAGGACUUAUAUUAAAUCAGUUUAGAAACAUACUAAAUAUAACCAUUUAUUAUAAUUUUAUUUAAUUUAAUUUUUAAAAACCUAAUAUAGAAACAAGUAUGUAAGAUUUUGUUAUUUUUAAUUAAUAUUAUACUUUAUUUUUAUCAUUCUAUUUUUAUCUUAAUGA